AUGGAAUCAAAAGAAUUUUACUUGGGUUCACCGCUAAAUAUGCGCCUUAAAGAGCUUUCGCUUUCUCCAGCUCGAGUAAGACGUGCAGAUAGUCCUGUGGAGAAGGACGAGUCUGACACACUCACUCUGACGUCUGAUGAAGCAGUUUUCCUCCAAGCAUCAUGGCACAGGGCGAUAGCGACGACUGAUGUUGGAGCUGAACUGGUAAUUCGACUUCUUAACGACAAACGAUCAUUGUUCAAGUCGUUACUCGAGAGUCAUACUGGCCACAUCGAUGUCAAGAAGUUCACUGUUGAUGUUGUCAACCGUGAUCUCAAAAGGGCAAAAGAAGUUGGACAAGGAGUUGUGCGGUUCUUCACUAAGGCUCUGGAAUGCUUGGCUGAGCCAGACGCGUCGGAGAAGAUUCGCCAAAUGAGUUUCGAUCUCGGCGUUCUUCACUAUCGAAUGCGUGUAUGGUUUCAGGCUGAAAAUUGGCUAUGUGUCAAGAACAGCCUGCUCGCAGUUAUUCUGGAUAUUAACCCUAUCAAAGGUUACUUUACGCUUGUUCUAUCAAUCAAAUUAAACUGA